CAGAAAUCGUUCACUUUUAAAUCAUUCAAUGUUUUAUUGGAUUGUGUUGUGGUUCGUCUUUAUUUUAAAAAUCUUUUUCCAACCCACAUUUAUAUUCUUACGGAUUUGUAAAUUAAUCAUAAUGAAAGUAUCAGAAGUAGUAAAAUCCUCACGUCGACUAAUAAGUACAUGUGGAGAAUAUAAUGGAUAUCUUUUUAAGCAAAAUACUAGAUCAAUGUUAGAAAAAGUUGCUCAAGAUGAAGGAUUUGUAGACAAAGAGAUUACCUGCUACGGCCAAGUUGGCAAAGGACAAGGUGUCACAGGAGACCUCUUUUUUACAAAUAUAUAUGCUCUUAAUAGUAACAAACGCUUAGAGUUACUCGUUAAACAGGCGACUACUACUAAAAAGGUACGCGACUAUUUUCCAGUCGACCUCUUUUAUAAAAACGAAGUCAAUUUUUACGACCUUGUUUGGAGAGAAUUUGAAAAACAACAGCAAAGACGUCUUGGACGUCUCAUUUUUGAUAAUGUUCCUAAAUGUUACGAUUACAACGUUAAACCUGGAGAGGAAUGCAUUAUACUACAAAAUUUGGGAAGUAAAGGUUAUCGCAAUAUAAAUAAAAGAGAACACGUGCCUAACGAUAUAUUUGAACAUAUUAUAAAAAAGUACGCACAAUUUCAUGGUUUAUCAUAUGUACUUAAAAAGAGUGAUCCACGGAAAUACGAUGAACUGUCACAUAAAUUUGUUCCUUAUUGGGAGCAAGCACAGAAAAUUGUACCGCUAAGAGUUUCUAUCAAGGACGUCUUUUUUAAAUGCUUACAGUAUCUAAAAGAUUCUUCCAAUCAAGACCUUAAAAAUAAAAUGAACGAAUAUUCAACAACUGGACUAGAUGUGUUUAUUCAGUCCAACACCUACAAGGGAAAAAACGGCGUAUUCCUGCAUGGAGACUGUUGGAGUAAUAAUAUGUUAUUUAAAUUUACCGAGACUGGUGAAUUAGAAGAUUUGAAAUUUAUAGAUUUCCAAACUUGCAAAGUGGGAUCCGCUGUUUACGACUUGUCCUAUUGCAUUUAUUCGGGAGGAAGCAAAGACGUUUUAGAUAAUCUUGAUUAUUACCUCAAAUUAUACCACAAGAAUCUAACUGAGACCUGCACGCUAAUGGGAUGCGAGGACUUCAUUUCCCUGGAGGAAUUAAACCAGGAGUGGAAAGAUUACUGCAAAUUUGGAUGGAUCAUGGCAAUGGUAAUUCUAAGAGCAAAAUUAGUCAACGAUGAUGCCAAACUGGAUUUGUAUUUGAUGUUGACUGAGCUUGAGAAGAGGGAAUCCGUGGCGCAUUUGGAAGACAGCGAUGAAGAUGAAAUCGAGAGAAGAACGUUGGUAAUACUUGAGCAUAUGCACAAAAAUGGAUUUAUAUAAGUUGGAAAAAGAUUUUUAUAUGUUUUAAAAUAUCCCUAUUGAUAUAUUUUUAUUAAAUUAACAUUGUAAAAGUUUCUUUAUCAGAUCAACUCUAAUUUAGUGUAAAUUCUGUUGAAAUAUUAAUUACUUUUAGGAAAAUGUUAUAAGCUUGCUUGCGUGUCUAGUCCAUUUUUUAAUAAAAAGUCGUAAGUUAGUAAAGCACAUAUGUAUGGGAUAUUUUAUGUUUUCUGUGAAUAUUUUUAACAUUUGUCAGUACAUUUUAUGAAACUCACUAAUAAAUUUUUAUGAAAUU